AACGAACAACUCCUGAUCAUGACAACAAAAACUACUUUCAAAAUUAUAACGUGCAAAAAAUAGCAGCAGUUUCCAUCCAACUAUAUAUAUACAUGACAUCUUUCUGAUCUGUAAAAACAUCACAAUUAAAGAUCUGAAGAGAGAAAUAAAGAAAACAAAUCAAUCAUCCUAGUUCUUACAUCAAUGGCUUCCAUGAACAUGAAUCUGACAUUGUUUCUUCUGUUUUCUUCAUGGGUUUUCUUGGGUUACUCUCAAUCGAUGGGCCUCAACAACUUUCUUCAAGGAGGUUCAUCAGAGAGUGCUGCUUCAAUGCCAUGCGUGCAGAAACUCCUUCCAUGUAAAGAAUACUUGAAACCGCCGGUCUCCAUGCCGCCGGCGUCGUGCUGUGUGCCGCUGAAGGAGAUGCUCACCGAUGAUAUCAACUGCCUCUGCCGUGUUUUCGACAAUCCUGAGAUUCUCAAGUCGUUCAACGUUACCCAGGACGAUGCCUUGAAGCUUCCAAAGGCCUGCGGUUCCAACGCCGACAUAUCAUUAUGCAAAAAAGCGUCUCCGCCAGCCAGUUCAGCUACUCCCCCUUCCUCCUCCGAUGAUUCAAAAAGUGCAGCAGCAGCAUAUGGGGUCUCUCAGUUUGGUGGGUCUGGUUUGGCAGCUCUGUUUCUGGCUCUAUUGUUCAUUUCAGCAUUCCAGGCUUGAUGAUAGCUUUGUCCUGGAGAUUCUGAAUGAAUGCCACUCUGACCCAUAUGGUCCAAAAAGCAAAACAGAUAGCUAUGGAAACUGCUUUAAUAGUAAAUAAUUUUGUAUUUUGUUUGAUCUUAACCUUGUUAGUGUUUCCCUGAUGCUGUACUCUGUUAAUGAACAACACUUUAUGCUA